GACAAGGCGAAAGAAAAUAGCAUAGUUUUAUGUAUUGUGCAACAUACAAGACUGAACUCCGUAUUUCGAUCAACAAUAUUUUAGAACAUUAUUAAAAUGAAUGAGCUAAGAAUAUUAAAUCGGUUCGAUUUACUUUGUCGCUUCUGUUUAUCGGAAGAGAAGUGCGUUUUUAUUUUUUCGGAUAAAUUUGAACUAAAUCCUAGGCUUAAAAAAUGCCUGGAUGUUUUGCUAUCAAAAAUUGAUGAAAAUGAUGGAUAUCCCAAUAAAAUUUGUGAGAACUGUAUUUGUUGUAUUGAACAGUUUGUAGACUUUGAAAAUACUUGUGUUAAAUCAUAUGAUCUUCUGGAAACAGUGAAAUAUUCAAUAACGAUUGAAACAGAAACGGAAUCUAUACAACAUGAUGGAGAAACUGAAUCUACAACAUACGCAGACGUUCAAGAAUCAACCCUAGAAGGCUUUCCGAACAUUGUAAUUAAGAUGAAUCAAAACGAAUUUUCCUCCGAUGAUACGAAUAAUGAGCAUUUAGAAGAGAAAGAAAAGUUUGACGACUUAACCGUUGAUAUCAAUGAUUCACAGGAUGCCGUAGAAAAAGAAGUGGUCGAGGAUACAUCUUAUAGUAUAUCAAUCGAGCAACAACAGCUAAUGGAUGCAGCAAUCGUAGCACUACCAUGCGGGUUUGUAGAAAGAGGCAACCGGAGAAUACCUUUAAUGGAAUGUAUGUAUUGUAAAAAUGUAUAUAGGGGUAGAAAUACUCUUAAGAAACAUCUGCGGAUACAUUUAAAGAUAAAAGAUUAUAGAUGUACACACUGUCCUCGCACUUUCACUGAUCGAAGUUCUCUUCGCAUCCAUCAAGGUCGACAUCUAGGCAAAACAUUUGAAUGUUCCUAUUGUAGUAAAACGUACUUUAGUCAAAAUGAAUUGCGCCAACAUUUAACGAUGCAACAUUUGGAAAGAAAGUACUCCUGUGAUAUAUGCGAACGAAAAUUUCCGUCAAGCACCAUUUUAAACGAUCAUAAGCGGGUUCAUUUACCAGACCGACCGUUUAUAUGCCAGCAGUGUGGAGCUGGAUUCAAGAGAAAUCGCAAUCUAAUAAGACACGAACAACUGCAUCAAAAAGAAAUAGAAAAGUCAAAACAAAAAAAUAAAUGCAUUGUAAUUGUUUCAACUAAGACAAAAAAAAUCCGGAAGUAAAUGAUUCUAUUGCUACUGUUCGACAUAGUCGACAGUAAUGUAAGAACAAUUGAAAGAAAGGUAAUGAAAUAAA